AUGGCCGCCGCUGUCGACGCUAGUGCCGUUACACAACUUCCUCCCGGAAAUGCUUGCGAUGUGGAGAUAGUCUCUGAUGACCGACAGCACUUGUCCCCCGAAGUCCUCGGCCCCCUUGGUGGCAAACGCAAGAGGAAGGCCCUCGAAUCUUCAACACCCAAAGGUAAUGCACCGAGGCAAAAGAUCACCAGGGCCUGUGAUCACUGCAAAGAAAAGAAGACUCGGUGCUCCGGGACGCGUCCCUGCGUCAGAUGCACGAGACUAGCCCUCCGCUGCGAAUACAAUGCAGCUUACUCCAGAGGCCUACCUCCCGAGCCAUUACCGGCGUCUAACUCGGUGGCAGAUGAGAACGAGAGCCCGUCUUCAGCUUCGGGUCGGGAUGACCAAAGCUUAGCAUUUCCUGCUCGGCACUCCGCUCGGAGUCCCCCCAGAACUGAUGUGCCCGCCCGGCGGCAAGCCCCAAAGCUUGGGUCUGCUGCUUCACGUCGUAACUCGCCGGACCCAGUAGUCACGGAUUUUGAGGGAAAUUAUCUAGGUCCGGCGUCUGGUGUGUCAUUUCUCAACAGAGUUUGGCGUCGUCUCCACCAGGACGAAUUGUGUGCCAUUCCUGACGAACUGCAAAAUGAGUCAGUCUCGAAAACCACGUCGGUUUUUAUGUUUGGCGACAAGCCUUAUUCCGACUACCGGGAAACUGGGUUCGUUCUGCCCCCGUACGAAAGGGCCCUAGAGAUGGUGGAUACGUACUUCGAUUUCUCCAUGGUGACCUACCGAUUCCUGCACAGAGGCAGUGUGGAGGAAUGGCUUAAGCAAGUAUACCAGAGCAAUAUCUCAUCUUCGAAUCUUCCGGCUGGACCUUUGAUUGCUAGAACGGCCAUCAUUCUCAUAAUCUUUGCUCGAUGGUACUCCGCAUCGAAACGUAUGACGUCUCUGGAGUUCGGGCCCCCGCGGCUGGAGACCGUUCAAGCAAGAUUGGGCCAAUGUCUAUACCUUCUUUCCUCGUCUCGGGCCAAUGAAUGCUGGUACGCCUUCGGAACGGCACUGCAACUGGUGACCGCACUGGGUCUUCAUCGAAAAUCUUCUGCCAAAUUCUCAAAGCACGGGAACAAUUACUUGGAACGUGAGCUCCGCAAGCGCAUUUUCUGGAGCGCCUACACUCUGGAUAAAUACUUGAGCGUCAUGUUCGGGAGGCCGCGUCUUCUUCACGACGAGGAUAAUGACCAAGAGCUCCCGGAUGAAAUGAACGAUGAUGAUAUGGUGCAAGAUGAUCCCGAGAGGCGAACAGGCUCUCCGGACUGUAUGAUGAUUGCGUCCGUCUUGCACUUUAAACUCGGACGCAUAGUAGGUGAAAUAUCCCGUCAGAUAUACACUAUCAGUCCGCAAUCUCGAGAUCAAUCUCUGGAAACAGCUGCACGCCUCACGUCAGAGCUUGAGAAAUGGAAGGAAACAGCACCGCCCAUAUUCAACAGUAGUCAGGUCUUACAACUUGCAUAUUCACAUGCGAUAAUCCAUGCAACGCGGUCAUUUCUUCUGAAUGAUUUCACCGACCUUAGUCGAAGGCCGCCGGUACCACAUCCCACUGUGACAAGCCAUCAAGGCAUCCUCAUUCAAUCAUUUUGGUUCACCCAUUAUUGGCAGCUAUCAUCGGAAAGCCCAACCAGUCCUAUUGAGGAUCGCAAUCGGCUGCGGUCACUUUUCAGUCUGGCUGAAGUUUGCCAACAACAUCUUGCCGAAGCUACUCGCAAGAACUGCCCAAGUCGUCGUUACAGUAUCAUUUUGGAAGAACUGAGGUUGGAAGUGCACCGGCAAAUUGGACCUUGCUUGAAGCAGGAGCCACCAGGAAAUAAUACCUCGACUCUGUCUGGUACCCAGGACAGUUGUUUUGAACAAAGAAAUAUCAACGUCGCGGUUCCUGUGCACCAAAGCUCAUGGGAGGAAAAUUCUGUCAACUAUCUAGGGGGCUUACAGGCACCAGACCUAACGGGCCAGUUUGAUUCCUCUGAAGACAUGGGCUUGCUGGAUAAUCUUGAUGGAUCAAUCUGGUGGACUCAGCUCGACUCCUGGGUCUCGCCACUGGAGACGGUCCCCAUGAACGAAAGACAUCAUGGCCAGGAAAAAGGAAAAGAGCCAAUGACAAUCGACGAGCUUGUCCGACAGCGUGCGGCCCUGGGAUCAGCGCAGCCUGUGAUUUCUUACCCCAAAGCAGGCACAGACUAUGUUGAUUACCCACUCCACCAACUGGACAUCUUUGCUUUCCGAGUCGCGAAGGUGCUGUCUGCGCGUAUCCCUCCUCGUUCAUCUUCAUCGGAAGCCCCAGCGGUCAUUAGUUUGCUGGGGCCCUCUGAUCUCGACUAUCUCGUCAUGCUACUGGCAGUGGCUAAAUUGGGGCACACGGGCCUCCUGCUUUCGACACGAUUGUCCAACGAAGCAUACGUCUCACUUCUGGAACGAACAAACUCGAACAAUCUGUUUGUUCAUGAUUCUUUUACGAGUACCGCGGAGGAACUUCGGGAAUUGGUUCCAGGCCUGCAGACGGCCCAGAUCCCGACUGAGGAGACCUACAAUUACUCUGUUUCCACCGAAGUUGACGUUGACACCAAUAUCGUCCCGCACCUUGAUCCUGAAAAAGAAUCCAAACAUAUCUCGUGGAUUAUUCAUUCCAGUGGCUCGACCGGGCUACCCAAGCCGAUUUUCCAGACCCAUGGGGCUGCCAUCAAGAACUAUGCCCACAACAUGAACAUGUCUGGCUUCAUCACCUUGCCUUUGUAUCACAACCAUGGAAUCAGUGUUCUCUUCCGAACUAUCUACUCGAACAAAAGGCUAUACCUUUACAGCGCAAAGUCCCCACUCACUAGACAGAACCUGCUCGAUAUAAUGAAAUCGCGUGAGCUAGAAAUCUUCUACGGCGUUCCAUACGCUUUGAAGCUACUUGCCGAAACUGAAGAAGGAAUCUCAGUUCUCUCGAAAUUUAAAGCAGUCAUGUUUGGAGGAUCAGCAUGUCCAGAUUCGCUCGGGAAUUUACUCGUUGCCAAUGGUGUUCCCCUCAUCAGCCAUUAUGGAUCGACUGAGACAGGUCAGCUCAUGAGCUCAAUCCGACCACCUGGAGACAAGGAAUGGGACUACGUGCGACCUGACGGACUUGUUAAAAAGUUUUUGCGCUUUGAAGAGCGCUUCCCCGGAAUCUUCGAAUUGAUCUGCCUCGAUGGCUGGCCUUCAAAGGUGAUGUCCAAUAGACCGGAUGGCUCUUACGCGACAAAGGACUUGUUCAUCAAGCACCCUACACUCGAAGCCUACAAAUACUAUGCUCGGUUGGAUGACACUAUUCCUCUGGUCAAUGGGGAGAAGGUCAACCCUUUGGAUCUGGAAGGGCGAGUCCGACAGCAUGGUGCAGUUGCGGAGGCUAUUGUAUUUGGAUCUGGCAAGGCGAGCAUUGGCCUAGUGGUUGUCCGAUCCCCUGCAGCUGUUUCUCUUUCCGACGAAGACCUCAUCAAUGAGAUUUGGCCCAGCGUCGAGAAAGCACACGAGGCAAUGCCGGCCUAUGGGCAGCUUUCGAGAAACAUGGUUCGAGUUCUGCCAGCUGAUACCCAGUAUUCUCGCACCGACAAAGGAACUUUCAUUCGCCAGGCCUUCUAUAGAGAGUUCAGCUCACUAAUUGAAGAGGCGUACGAAGCGGAGGAUGCCAUGACCGGUUCCUUGACUUUACCCGAGGCGGAGCUGAAGGCGUUCAUCAGAGAGCAGCUUCUCCAGCUUCUUCUUCCCAAAGAUCAAAGCGACCUGACUAACGAUGCAGACUUCUUCGCCCUUGGCAUGGAUUCUUUGCAGGCCUCACAGCUACGAUCAAUUCUUGUGAGAACGAUCAAUACUAAUGGACAAAGACUUGGGAUGAACGUUGCCUUCGAGAACCCCAGCAUCGAUCUACUAGCUCGUCACCUCACAAGCCUCAGCUCUGGGGCUACGAAUGGCGUGGAGUCUGUAGAGGAUCAAAUGGCGGCUUUGAUAUCGCAAUACAGUCACUUCCAUACGCACAGGCCUUGUCCAAAUGGCUUGAGCGGAAAAUACAUAGUUGUGACAGGGACAACUGGUUCUCUUGGAAGCCACGCUAUCGCCAAGCUUGCGGCCCAGGGGGACGUCACCAAGAUCUACUGUCUUGUCCGCGCCAAUUCUCCAAUUGAGGCUUACGGUCGAUUGCUCAAUUCUAUGAAAACUCGAAGAGUCUUUAGCGGUCUUUCUGAUGCCGCCAAAAGCAAGCUCAUCGCGCUUCCAUCCGACCUCUCCCACCCGACGCUGGGGCUGGACACAGCCAUGUACAGCACGCUAUCUUCAGAAAUCACCGACGUGAUCCACUGCGCCUGGUCCGUCAACUUCAAUUUACAUCUCCGCAGCUUCGAGAAAGACAACAUAUGUGGAAUUCAGAAUCUCAUCAACCUCUGCCUCAAGGCUCAGCGACCAACUCCCGCAUCCUUCAACUUCUGUUCAUCCGUCAGCUCUGUCGUCAACACCGAAGGAAACAAGAUCCCCGAAGCCCUGCCCCUGAAGCUCAGUUAUGCCCAAAAGAUGGGCUAUGCACAGUCCAAACUCGUCGCCGAACACCUGUGCAUCCAAGCGGCCCAACAGACCGGUAUCUGCGCGCGGGUUCUCCGAAUCGGUCAGGUCAUCGGCGACCAGGAUCACGGCAUCUGGAACGCCACUGAAGCCAUUCCCCUCAUGCUCCAGAGCGCCACGACCAUCGGAGCGCUCCCGAAACUCGACGAGUCGCCGCUCUGGCUACCUGUUGAUGUUGUUGCCGGCACCGUAGUCGAUCUUUCCCUGUCCGAUCGAACGACCUCCCCUGCGGUCGACACCGACCUCCUCUUCAACAUCGUCAGCCACCACCCCUUCCACUGGACCCGGGAUCUCCUCCCUCAUCUUCGCCGCGCGGGUUUGAACUUCGAGGAACUCGACCAGCGUGAGUGGAUCCGACGACUGAGAACGUCGAACCCGGAUCCCGUCGCCAAUCCUCCGAUUAAAUUGGUCGAUUUCUUUGCCAGUAAAUAUGAUACCCAGAAGCCCCGGCGGUCGUUGCAAUACCACACUGAAAGGGCAAGACAGGCGUCAGCUUCCUUGGCGGAUGCGAAGCCGUUGGAUGAGGCGUUGGUGGGCAAGAUGGUUGAUUAUUUCAGGAAGGAGUGUUGGUCGACUAACGCAUAA